AUGACUUGGUCAAAAGCUAUAUCCAUUAAGAGCUCGUUUGGGAUUGCGUUUGUAGCUUGUAAAAGCACGUUCAAUUUGAAAAAUAGUGUUCAACAGUGUUUGUACACAUUACCUUUUUUUGCUUCACUCCUUGACUCAUGUUUGUCCACAAAGAAUUUGAUAAAACUGAAACAAACACACGCGAAAAUCAUAACUAUAGGAAUUUCCCACGACUUUAUAGUAGCGAAGCUCGUCUCUUCCUACGGCGCCUGUGCCCAAAUGGUCGAAGCCACCUUCAUAUUUUCUCUCACUAACCGCCGAUCCACCUUCCUUUACAAUUCCCUCAUCAGAGGCUUCUCUUCCCUCAACCUCUUCUCUCAGUCCCUCUCCGUUUUCCGCCAAAUGCUCUUUGCCCGCAAACCCAUUGACCGCCACACCUUGCCGACCGUUCUCAAAUCUUGUGCCGGCUUAUCAGCUCUCAGAUUCGGCCGCCACGUCCACCUGGUAGUUUUGGUAAAUGGGUUUGGUUCAGAUGUUGCAAAUUCAAAUGCGUUGAUUACGAUGUACUCAAAGUGUGGAGAUUUAGUGAGUGCCCGGUGGGUGUUUGAUCAAAUGUCUGAGAGGGACUCGAUUACUUGGUCGGCAAUGAUGGCAGGGUAUGGGAAGCACGGAUAUUCUGGUGAGGUAGUUGUGUUGUUUGAACGGAUGUUGAAUGCAGGGAUAUUGCCGGAUGGUAAGACUUUUACUACGGUUCUGACAGCAUGUAGUCACGGGGGUUUGAUGGAUGAAGGGAUAGAGUAUUUUGAGAUGAUGAAGGGGAGGUUUGGUGUGAGGCCAGGGUUGGAGCAUUACACUUGCAUGGUGGACAUUUUGGGGAGGGCUGGCUUUGUUGAGGAAGUGGAGGCGAUGAUUGAGGUAAUGGAGGUGGAGCCGGAUGAGGCUCUGUGGGGUGCAAUGCUAGGGGCUUGUAAGAUUCAUCGGAAGGUGGACGUGGCUGAGUGGGUGGCUGAGAAGGUCUAUGGGAGGAGAUUGAGUGCAGCAUCACUGUAAUUGGAGAUUAAGUGCAGCAUCACUGUACUUGGAGAUUAAGUGCAGCAUCACUGUAAUUCUUGUUUUUAGAAAGCCAAGGUGGUAUCAUAAAUUUGUUAUUUGUUUGUGCUCCAUUGCCCUUCUUGGUUGCCCUGAGAAUUGCAAAGUUAUGUACUCCCUCCUUUUCCAAAUUGUUGUUCCUAUUCAAUAUUAUAACUUCUUAAGAAA